AUGCCGGUACUGUGUCAGGAGAACAAUAUGUUUCCAACUGGUCGUCAUCCCUCCCCUGUCACUAAUUACACCUACGGACAUUUCCCCGGGUAUCAGGGUACCCAAUAUAGCUCCCAGACUCAAGACUUCUCGCAAUAUGUGGAUCCUAAUACGGCAUUUCAGCAGCAGUAUAUGUACGACGGGACUGCAUCUAGCCCGUCCAUGGCCCGGCCCCAGGGGAUGGAUGAAUGGAUGAACUAUUCAGGGAUGCCGACAACCACCACCUCCUCCCACAGUCCACAGUCCAUGCACUACUCAUAUCGCCCCGGAAACAUGGUGUACAACCAACAUCCAACACCCGUGCCCCAGGGGAAUCAGACACUUACUAUCCUGGGGAGUCCCCCUCAGUCUGAAGGCUCCCCUACCUCUACCACCUCCUCCGGUAGUGCUGGUUCUCCGUCCAAUAAACAGCUCCGACCCCCCUUCGACUGGAUGAAGAAAGCCUCUUAUACUACAAGUGCACCAAGUGCAGGCAAGACAAGAACCAAGGACAAAUACCGUGUAGUAUACAGUGACCACCAGCGUCUAGAGCUGGAAAAAGAGUUCCACUACAGUCGCUACAUCACAAUUCGCCGGAAGUCAGAACUUGCCCAGACCUUGGCCCUUUCUGAACGCCAGGUCAAGAUCUGGUUCCAAAACCGUCGCGCCAAGGAGAGGAAGCAAAACAAGAAACGAGAGGAUGGUGGAAAAGGUUCAUCGGAAGUAAAUCUUCACAGCGAUGCUAUGAGUGACGUCCAAGGUAUGUCACUUCCGCUGAACAGUAUGCACAUCAAGUCUGACCCCAACGACGACUACUGCCCGACAACCACACACAUGCAAGAGCAAGGUCAAGGACACAUGGUACACCCUACGUCACCGCUGCACGUGACAACAACAAAAGAUACGUCACCACUACACGUGCCCACAAUAAAAAUGGACCCAAGUGAACUUGUGACGCAGCAUGCGUGA